AUGACACACGCAGACACAGAGAAAUGCCAAUUUGCCCGCCAAUUGGACAGUCUCCAGUCGGUGCUACGGCGACUCGACCAAUCGGAUGUCUCCGCGGCCGAGCUGGAGGCUCUGAAACUGCUGGCCCUCACUUCGCUACGGUACAAUGACGGCUUGUCCGGUAGCCCGGUUGGACGGGACGCCGACCCACGUCUGAAGGAGCCGACAUUUGGACAGAGUAAGUUUGUCGUUUUUGGUACUUCAGCCUCUGUGCUACACCGCACUUGCAGAAGCAAUCGCAAUGGCAAUCACAGCUCUAUCCACACCCACAUUCACACGCAGUCCAAAUCGAAAUCAAAAUCACAUUUGCACUCGCUCUAG